CCCCCCGCGCCUCCUCGCUGCUUAGCUGUCAAGCAAUAUGCUCCUUUAAGACCUUUCGCGUCCUGCCCUCUGCCCCCGCCCCUCCGCUUUCCUCAUUGGCUCCUUCGGCCCUUUUGUUUCGCUUUUGAGUACGGCUUCUUCACUUAGGCGCUUCGCGAUUGGCUGAAGGCUAUGAGGCUUAGGGAACGACGCUCAAUUCUCCCCCGCGAAGUGACAGCCGAAGAGUUUAUUUGCCUUUUCCUCUCCCGCAGGGAACUGUUGGCCUUCGCCCCUUCGGCUGGAAGAGGCUGCUAAAUCCGGGCGGGCUGUAAGGCCCCCCGCGACGCCGCAGAGCGCGGGGAAGUGACGGGUUGGGCGUUUUGCGGCUGUAGCUUCGCACGGUGCGCUAGCGACGCCCCCCGCCGCCCGCCCUCUACACGCAGGCAGCCUCCUCCCCUUUUUUGGACCUGGGACAGGAUCUCGGUGGCUUCGGGGACUGCCGGGCCGAAGUCCCGGGAAUGAGCCACCGGCGCGAGGGAAAGCGGGAGAAGCCUCCUCCUCUUCCUCCCUCUGCCAGCGGGCGGGUGUAACCAGGUGGCGGCGGGCAGCGAGCGGCUUCUCCUCCGGCUGGAGAGAAGGAGACAGAGAAGAGCUGUGGCAGGAUGUCUUCUAUAGUGACACCUCUAGUGAGGUUCUCAACGUACGACAAUGCCACCUAUCCACCUUCUACCACAUUAGUGGCGGCGUUGGAUAAUGUAACUUCUGCACCCCUGACAACUGCACGGGCUGACGUCAACAUUACUGUGCCACACAAGUGCUUGUUGUUGUUGUAUGAAGACAUUGGGACAUCCAGGGUCCGUUAUUGGGACCUUCUGCUGCUGGUUCCCAAUGUGCUUUUCUUUGCAUUUCUCCUCUGGAAGCUGCCCUCUGCCAAGGCCAAAAUCCACGCCACCUCCAGUCCCAUCUUCACCACCUUUUACAUACUGGUGUUUGUGGUAGCUGUGGUUGGGAUUGCUCGAGCGGUUGUCUCCAUGACAGUCAGCGCUUCCACUGCCGCUACAGUUACUGACAAGAUCCUGUGGGAAAUCACAAGAUUCUUCCUUCUGGCUAUUGAGCUGAGCAUGGUGAUUCUGGGCCUUGCAUUUGGUCGUUUGGAGAGCAAAUCCAGUGUUAAGCGGGUAUUGGCUAUCACCACGGUGCUGUCAUUGGCCUACUCUGUCACCCAGGGAACUUUGGAGAUCAGUUAUCCUGACGCCAGGCUCUCUGCAGAAGACUUCAAUAUCUAUGGUCAUGGAGGAAGGCACUUUUGGCUUGCAAGCUCUUGUUUCUUCUUUCUGGUUUAUUCAAUGGUGGUGAUGCUUCCCAAAACUCCCUUGAAAGAUCGUAUUUCCCUGCCUUCAAGGAAGAGUUUCUACAUCUAUGCUGGGAUUCUCGCUGUGCUGAACCUGGUGCAGGGCAUUGGCAGUGGUCUGCUCUGUGCAGGUAUCAUAGAAGGACUAUGCUGUGUCGAUGCCACCACCUUCCUCUAUUUCAGCUUCUUUGCUCCGCUCAUUUAUGUGGCGUUCCUGAAAAGUUUCUUUGGGUCCGAGCCAAAGAUCCUCUUCUCCUACAAAUGCCAGGUGGAUGAGCCCGAGGACGUUGAUGUGCACCUCCCGCAUGCCUAUGGUGUGGCCAAGAAAGAAGGCCUGGAUUCCAGCUUUUACUCCAGCACUCAGAUCGACACUGCAGCGUACUUGGAUGACAUUGCUUCCAUGCCUUACCACGUGGGCAGCAUCAACAGCAUUGACAGUGACCGCUGGAAAGCCAUCAACUCCUAAAGGCGAUCCUUUGGAAAGAUGGGUCUCUCUUGCAGCCUUGCAGCUCCAUCGCCAGUUCCCCUUUUGGGGCGCUUCAGUGUGUCGCCUUCUCUUUCCUUCAAGUUUUUUUCUUUUU